AUGACUACUUUAUGUAUUGGUUCAACUGAUAUUUACCAUAAUGCCCUUUCGACCACUCCUCGACAUCCUCAACGUUUCGUAUGGACAUCCAUGACGAAAAUGACGCCAGUUACUGCUACUGUUAACCCUCUUCGACGCUCUGCAAACUAUCAGCCUUCUAGAUGGGACCAUCACUACCUUCUCUCGGUCGAGAAUGUAUACGCGACUAUAUGUUGA